AGUUGGCAACUUGGCAAUAAGGGGAGGGGAUUUGAAUGUGGGUACUGGGUUAAUUUGCUGGAAAUAAACUGUUACCUGUCUCCCCCGAAUAAAUAAUAGAAAUUAUGUCGUAGCCAAAAUUAUGUAUUUAUUCUUUGUCAACGUAUAUAUGUUAUUUGUGUUGCACGUAUUGUAUAUCAACUAUGAAAACAUCACUUUGUGUCCGAUGUUUAAAUAUGCACUUGUAGCAGAAACACACAAUUGUAGUGUAACGUUGGAGUGGGAGGACGCAGUAGCUGCCAGUAAUUUUAUUAUUUCUGUUGUGCAAUGGAGAGUUUAUAAUGCAUUCGAAUGAGCAAUGAAAAUACAAGUUAACAAUGCAUGUUGCAUAUCACGAAACACGUUCGUUGCCUACAACGGCGUGUGUGUAAUUCGAAUUCAUUCGGUUAUACCGCAUCACAGUCGAGGUAUAAAUUUUUCUGUGAAAAGAAGUUUUAUGAUUAUGAAGAGGACUUUUUAAUUGUAGUUUCGAAAAAUGAUCAUUUAUGCCUGAAAUAAUAUAAUACUGUAGUUUGAAACAUCGUAAAAUAAGAAGCCCCAUAGUUUAAAAGGAGUUUAACAUUUUCAUGGGUUUCACAUGUUAAGUUUCUUACAAUUGCAUUUUGAAUAAUACUUCUGUAUAAAUGAGAAAUGCCUGUCCAUUACGUUACACUGAUGAUGAGCGUCAUUUGCAUUUAAUUUUGGGAUUAGUAGUACGGGUAAAUUUGCAAGUUAAAAAUUAAUUUUUGGCAUCUUAUCUUGCAAAAUUUGUUAUUACAUUUUUCUAAACAAUGAUCUAACUGCUGUAUGGCAGUGUUAUUCGUUUGAUUCCGUUCUAAAUUUUUGUCACCGAAUAUAUAGGAAAGCUGCAAUCCCAUACCAUCACUGUUGGUGUGUGAAUUGGCAGUUGAUGUUAUGACAAACAAAUGUAAAAUAUUAGGCUUAAGUGAUCAGAAGUACCCAUUAUUGUGAUGACACCAUUGUUGAACAAUCAAUGGAAGUGGUAAACACAAUAAAAACGAACUUCAGAUAUGUGUCCAGAGCUGUUUAAGGUCUCAUCACUACAUGCAAUUAUUCAUAGAAAAUCUAGAUGCCAAACUAUGAUUGGAAGAAUUACACAAAAAUGUUGUUCAUCUAUCAAGAAGCCCACAAAUGUAUUAUUUAGCCAUUUCUUCAGUAUAUUUGUUAAUCUGGGACAUUCUUGGGUACAGUUAAUAGAGAAGAUUGAAAUAGGAUCUGCAGUUUGCGUAGGCAGUGUAUUAAUAUUGUGGAGAUACUCAUAGGUACUUUUACAGUCAGAGGCAGUACAGGAGAAGUAUAUCAGAGAGGCAUUAAUUAAAAUUCCAUGAAUUCAUGUUGCAAGAAGAAUUAAACAGUAUCUUAUUUCCUUUUGGAAAAAGUCCCCAGAGAAGAAUCCCGUGGCUGCCGACAUUAAUUAUUUACAGAAGAAUGGAAAAACUGACCUUAUGACUUAGCCUAAAAGAUUUUCAUUUGAAAAAUGGCUAUUCAAGAACUUCCUAAGAAUGUACAAUCAUUAAUACGCUCGAGUAUUUCGGUUCCAAGUGUAUCACAAGCUGUGAUUGAAUUGGUGCUGAAUUCUAUUGAUGCUGGGGCAACUUCUGUUGCUGUAUAUGUUGAUCUUAAAUAUUUUAAAAUUCGCGUGGAGGAUGAUGGAUGUGGAAUGACUCAAGAUCAGUUAGAGCUUAUUUGUGGGAGGUAUAUGACCAGCAAAUGCUAUUCAGUCGAAGAUCUUAAGGAUGGUUUACGUUUUUUUGGAUUUCGUGGAGAAGCUCUGGCUAGUAUCCGAGAUGCUUCUGGUGUCCUGUCAAUUAUCACAAAGCAUGCUACAAGCAAACAAGCAUAUUCCAAAAUGUUUGUGCGUGGAGUAUCAUUAAAAAUUUCACCAUGUACGUUAAAGAAUAUGGAUGCUGGGACAACAGUCAUAGUGCAGGAUUUUAUGUACAAUUUACCUGUUAGACAAAAGUGCACACACGAUACAUUGGAUGUUGAGGAAAUUAAGCGUCAGAUUGAGUGCAUUGCUCUGAUGCAUCCACAGAUAUCAUUCAGCCUUCAUGACGAGUGCAAAGGAUGCACAAUCCUUCAAAAACAUCGCAGUGCUGAUCUUCAAAGUUGUUUUUCCCACUUGUUUGGUAUGACUGUUGGUCAGACCCUGGCAUCUGUGCAAUACAAAGCAGAUAACUUGACCAUACAUGGGUACAUUGGGAAAGAGUCCUCAAAAUAUAAAAACUUACAGUUUGUGUAUGUUAAUAAAAGAGUAGUGCUGAACACAAAAAUACAUCAAUUAGUGAAUAAUAUGUUAGCAAAGAGCUCUAUUUUAAGAGCCAAUGGGCCAUGGCGUUACAAGCCCAUACCAAAGGAAAUGAGUUCCAAAAGUCUACUGUCAAUGCCAAACCUUAAUCGACGGAAUAGAUUUGGUGUUUAUGUUCUUAAUUUGCAGUGUCCAUAUGCAGAAUAUGACAUAUGCUUUGAUCCUAAGAAAACAGUAAUUGAAUUCAGGAAUUGGAAACACAUACUAAAUUGUUUUGAAGAAUGUAUAAGACAGUUUCUAGAGAAAGAAAAUUUGAUAGAUAGUUCUCUUGUUGAAGGAACAGAAGUUCCUGGAACCUCACCACUGACAUUUCUUGAGACCAUCGAAAAGGAAACUUUUCAAAACCAAUCCACAGAACCAAGCAGUGAUGAGGAGCCAUUUACACUCCACAUCAAACGUGCAUUUCAUGGGGUACCAGCCAGAAGAUGUGGCAUUUUAGAAGUUGAUAAAACAACAUUUAAUUAUGAAGAAACAUCUCACAGAACUUCAAAUAAACCCAAGUGCACUAACAAAUAUAUAACUAAUGAAGUUGCAGUAGGAGAUACUUCUGCUUUUUCAUGUACUAAGUUCCUAAAGAAACAAGAAACUUCAUUUGCUGAAACUAGCAGAACAUAUAAGAAGUUGAGUUGUGAUACACCAGUUUCUUCAACAGAUGUUUUCCUUACAUCAAAUACAAUGGAUCGAAAGCUCUGUAAAAAUAGUGAAGUUCCCACUUCAAUGUCUGUGCUAUCAGAAUCAGAUGCUGUGACUCCUGUUUCUUCUAAUGUUUCAGAUGUGUUUACUUUCCAGCAAAAGUCUUGUGGAAAUUUAGGCAUGGAUAAGUCUCAAAAGGAGUUUUAUCCUUUUUGUGGAAAGGAAAUGACUGUUUCUCAAGACAGUAGAAGUUUGGUAUCCUCAUGUAGUCUUAAAGAACAUCAGGAAAUGAGUUUUGAGGCGCAUAAUGACCAGGCUUAUAAUCACUGUGUGGAGACAGGAAACCAGAAAUUCAAAACUCAUAUGACAGCAGACAAAUUUGUUCAAUCAGGUAACAAUGUAUUCAAACAAAAGUUACAUGUAUCUAGUUUGUUGGCUAACUGCAAGUCUUUGCCAUCAGAAUGUAGUGAAACACAGGGGUCUCCUCAAAAGCUGAAUCAUCAAUCAAGUAGGGAGCAAACUUAUUUUUCUACAGAUUCUUCAGGGAGUGAUCAGAAACAAUACUUAUUUCCUAAUGCCCAGGUGUCUAAGAACAAUCAUGAAAGGAUGAAGGAAAGUGGAAAACAUAGUAGCUUUAUGAAUGCUGCAGAAUUUGUUCAAACCUGUGGUAAGGAAUUGUCACAAGAAUUACAUGAACAAGACCAAAUUUAUCCAUCAGUGCACAAGAGAAAUCAAUAUGAACACGUAAGUGCUGAGGAUCCAGCAUGCAAUUCCACUGCAUUUAACAAUGAAGAUUGUAAGAUUACACAAGAUAUACAACUUGCGCAUCUCAAUGAGGUAACAUUUGAAGAAUGCACACAGAAAAAAACACAUCAAAUAUCUGCAGCAGAAUCAUUUAGCAUUAAUGAUAUAUUUUGUGUUACAGAUGAGGACUUUGCAACUAAAGACUUCAUUAGAUCUCCUUAUUUUACAAAUGACAAAGGAUUUUCUGAUAAUGAAAUGAAAGUAGCAAGUCCAGACUCUGAUGUGAAUGACUAUUCCACAUGUGAGGAAAAUCUGAUGGCAAAUGGUGUGUCUUUCCACAAAGAGUGUGAUGCAGGUGGUCAUUUUAAUGAUUUUGUAAAAGUAAAUAGGAAUAGGAAGAGAGUCAGCCAUGAUGGACGUGAUGCGCCAAGUGAAAAACAGAGAUUACUUGAAAUGACAAAAGUAACUGAUGUGAUAAAUUCAAAUGUAUACUUUGAUCAGCCUUAUAAGGGGAAUUUACUAAAUGAAGACAGGGAACCUGCUGGUGAAGAAGAAAAGAAACGUUUUUGUCACUACUCACCACAGGAAGGAUUGAGUCACUCAGUAGUUAAUGAGAAAUUGAGAGAAACUGAGAUCCCACAAGAAGCUUAUAGUAGUCAAAUGACAAACAGUGAAGAAAAAAGUGAAGACACUAGUAAAUUACCAUUUUGGCUCCAACUGUUUGAUUCUUCUGGAAGAGCCUUUUAUGUUCAUAGUGAUAGUGGGGUGACAUCAUAUAGUGCACCAGCAAUAGAAAAUAUUAACAUGAAAUACACGAUUGAAGGACGAUACAGUUUCCUGCCAAAAGGCAUGUCACCAGGUGUCCAGAAAACAGUCCUUCACAACAAGAGUGACUUGAAACCAGGGACUCGGCAGGAGCUCCAUAAAAUGCUACUGAAUGAUGUCUCUUCUACAAAUGAAUCAGCUGAGGCUAAAUGGAGAAAUGCUGUUGGUUCAGAAAGUGCAGAGUCUAAAAAACUUGUGAAGAAACUAUUACUUGAUGCUGAAAGCCGGAUGAAGCACUCCAGAAAGCCCGAUGAAUCAUUGUAUGAAAAGAAACUUGCAAAGUUGUCGGCAAAAGUAUCGCAGAUAAUGUAUCCAACAGAAUACAAAAAAAAUAUAUUUUGUAAUAUGCAUGUUGUUGGACAAUGUGACAAAAAAUUUAUUAUCGUAUAUUGUAGUUUUGUGGAAGACAAAGUACCUCAUGUAAUAGGAGCUUUUGAUCAGCAUGCAGUACAUGAGAGGAUAAGACUGGAAACAUUAAUGAAAGAAUACAUGGAAGAAGAUAGAAAGCAUACAUUUAAAGCAACAGAAUUGAAAUCUGAAAUUGUGCUUCCUUUAAACAGCAAGGACUGUCGAAUUAUGAAAAACUUUGAAGAAGAGUUUAGGCGACUUGGCAUAUCUUAUGAGGUACUUAAUGAUAACUGUGUCAGUGUGAAGAAGGUGCCCACUUGUCUGUAUAACAGAGAAAUAAGAGAGAAUUCUAGAAAAUCUUCAUCAAUAGAACGAUUUCUUAAGUGUUUGAUCAGUGACCAUGCAGAAGUAUUGUUUGAGACACAUGGAACUUGCUUUGGAAUACCUGGUGUUCUACAAGAAAUAAUAAAUUAUGAAGCUUGCCGAGGUGCAAUCAAGUUUGGCGAAGAGUUGGCACUUGAGGAAUGUAAAACUUUAAUUAAAAAUCUUGCAAAGUGUGACCAGCCCUUCAUGUGUGCUCAUGGUCGCCCUACAUUUGGUGUUAUAUUUGACGUGGAGCAAAUUAACAAAACAGUAAAAGUAGCUGUUAAUAAACUUGGGUUAAAGACUUAGCGAGAGUCUUCAGUGCUGGAGAGAAAGUGUUUGCUUUGCUAUCAUGCUACUAUUGAGGUAAUUAGUUGUGUGAAUGAGACACAAAGAUAAUUUCCUACAGGAAUAGUUUUAUCAAGGAAUGGAAUAUUUUUUAAUUAUGCAUUAUCUCAUGAAUGAGGCAAAGAGUAGCUGCUGUAUUAUUUCUGCCAAGAACUUACAAAAGUGAUCAGCAUAAAAAUGUUUUUAAAAUAUUAUGCAAGUAAAGUGCAACAGACAGAAAUUGGCUUUGUGAAAGAGACUGCAAUCCAUCUGCUGGUAGCACCUGGUACCUGCAAACGAAAAACAGCAAAGAAUGAGUACAUCAUACAGAAACAGUAAAGAAUGAGUUCAUCUUACAGAAACAGGAGAGAGAAGUAUAAGACUGUAAAGAUUUAUUAAUGGAAAGUACUUAGACCAUGAAGAAUUUACAAAAUGACAAAGAACGUGCUACAAAGUUUGUCAACUUGAGCAAAAUCCACACAUAUUUCCACAUGCAUAAUGAUUGGUUUUCCAACUGCGAUGUCAAGCAUUGUAUACACUGCCACAUAUGGCAUCAUUUGUUUCAUGAAGAAAUCGUAUUUUACUGGGGUAUUGUUAUAAUAUGUGGUACUAAUCCUUAACAAUGAUAAAAUUAUUUCUAUUUGAUUUUUAGCUGUUAUUAGCUAAACAUGUGAUAUGUGAAUUUAAAACAAAUUUAUGAGCUUCUUUCAUCUGUUCAUAUUCUGCUGAAGAGUCCAAGUGAGGAAUGCAGUGACAGCUAAUGAACUUGAGUUAGUCAGCAAAGAAGCUGACAGUUCAACUAUUGAUAGCAGACUAGCUAAGAGUAAUUCACCAUUCCAGUAUUUCACAGCUGGAAUAAUAUUUGUCAGUGAAAAAUAAAUCUCAACUAAAUAAGAAGAAAAGAAGGGUUAAUGAUUGUUUGGGUUACAACAGGUAAAUAGUAUGGAUAUUUCCAGAAGUCAAUAAUGUCAAUGAUGACAUAGAAAUUAUAGCAACGGUAGCAGGCUCAGUGGUAAAACUAAACAAAGUUGAUUGCCAGAUUUUUUGAACAACAGCUUCCUUCAUUUUCAAAAACAAUACCCACAGAUAGGAAUUCUCUGAUUGCCAGGCUUCAGAUCAAUAUUCAUAAUUAUUGUUUCCCCUCCUACUCUCUCCAGCACCUAUAUCUCCUCCUCCUCCUCCUCCUCCUCCUCCUCCUCCUCCUCCUCCAUGCUUAUUCCAUUUACCCUAGUUUGGCUCUAGCAAUUUAUACAUGAGAAACAGAUGAGUCUAAAAAAUAAUGGUCACAAAUUAAAGUUUCAUAUGUUUUUUGAUCUAAUAUGCCACAAAAGUUGCAGAAUGUCAGCUUUGUUACAUUAAUUUAAAGGAGAAUUUAUAAGCAAAUCUGAGUCAGAUGUAACAUUCUGCAGCUUUAAAAGAGCCUUUUUUUUUUCAAAGUACCUUUUAGAAGAGAUAAGUGAAAAAAAUUUUAUUGGUAUUUUUAAAGUAUUUAUUUACUAUAUUUCUUUGCAAAAUAUUAUGCCUGAAAUGAAUAUUCCAAGUUUUCCUUCUGUGAGUUUCUCUAUGUGCCUGCAAGAUAUUACAAUCAACGUUCAUGAAUGAGUUUGCUAUUUAUUUUUGUUAUGUUAAUAUAUUUUAUGUUUAUUUUUGGUCAAAGUGUUACCUAGUAUUCAAUAAAAUCUUUAUUGUUAUUAUUA